UAAGUUCUAGGCCAGCAGAAAGAUUAAGGAUUUUGCACGGCCCAGCUGCAAAAAGAAAGAAUCGCUUUGGCCAAGUGACGAGUGCUAGUGAAAUGGUCCAGUGUCCUUCGCGGUGUGCGCGGCCAGCUAUGAAUCACACCGUCGUGGGCCGCUUUUAUCAUAAAACCCACGAAUGACUGCACAGUUGGCCGUGUGGAAGGGGUCGUGCUAUUCUUGGAACAUCUUUCCUGGAGGCAGCAAUAAGUAAACAGAGGCGUUCUUCUUGCCAGGGCCUUUGUAGAGGCGUUCGGUGCAAAUACGGUGGAGCUCACGGAUUGUUAAUAAGUCAUUCCCACCCGUUUUUGUGAAACCUCCUGCCGCAGGAACAAUCACAGCAGUCGAUACAUUCUUUGUUAACAAUUUAACAACGACAAACGUGCCCCGUAAAUGAGUCAGUGCUUGGAGGACAGUCCACUGUCGGACAAUAGGAUGGAUAUAUCAGAGAACACGACCUCGCAUGAAUCACCACCAAUUGGUGAUGAUUUCUCGCCAGACAACGAUGAUGACGGUGCGGACGUGAGCCACCGCGAUGAGGCUGCCGCCAAUGGGAAAGGGAUGCUGUUUACGGAUGAAACAGCGAUACCGCCGCGGCGGCUUGGCGCGUCGCCGAUGUCCAACGAUUUCAACGGCACGGCAGAAUCUCAUCUAGUUACCACGGCAACCGCUACUACUACCAUCACUACCACAUCCAGCCCGCUGGAAUCGAUCGACAUUCGUAAGCCGUCGUCAAAUAGUCUCGCCACUCCGACGACGACGACGACGACCAUGUUGACCAUGGAUGGUGGGCGCAGUCGAGGACCUUCACCGUCGCGUAUCGUUACCUCCUCCUGCAGCCUAACACCCGUCAGCAAUCAUCCACUCAUGAUGUCACCGACCGGGAGUGAGUCGGAAUUUUCCGACAUUUCCGUUACUGCUGCGAACCGCAACUACUACCACUAUCCGGACGUGGUGCCGGCCAGUGAGCAACCGCUGCGACUCGCUAGUCCCUAUUCGAGUCGCAAGGGGACCGAUAAACAGGAGCUACAGUCCGUGGUUCCGAUGGCGCUGAAGGGAGGAUCGCCCGGAAAGUCUCCAGCCAAUCGGUCGAUCAACAACUGUAGCAGCAGCAGCAACAGCAACACUAGCAGCAGUAAACGGAUGGCAGCAGAUAGCAAAUCCAUGGCAACCACAUCCACCCUGGAUGUUAUCAAUACUGCAGUUCACAGUGCGACGAAUGGAUCGUCUCCGUCACAACGGACAGGAGUGCACCGGGAUACCUCACCGCGGCCGGACGAGGAAAGGAUUGGAUCGGAUUUCCUUAGCAGCGACUCGGAACCGGAAGAUGACGGUUCAUUGUUUCAGGCUGCCGUGACACCAUCGUUUCAAUCCGUCGCUCUAUUACCGUCCCCGCCCGGUGGUCAAUCGCACGCACCGAACUCGAUUUCACCCCGGUUACAUCAGCGGCGCAAGGUGCCGCUCCCGGGUGAUCUGCGGAUGGAUGAUGCGAGUUCUAUCGAGGAAACACUCUCGAACCAGAGCGUCGAUGAGUUGCAGCAGAAUCUUGUCUCGCUAAGUCCCUCAUCCUCGAUUCUGGACGAUAAUGGGUUCAACGUGGACAUCGAUGAAGACUUUCUCGAUCUGCCCGGUACACCGAAAGCGAUCAACCGUGGUGGUGGUGGUGCCGGUGGGGAAUGUAGUGGCGAUGGUGAUCUGGCCGCUGGUGGUGCUUUCUCAUCGACACUGCCCCAGUAUUCCGCCCGCGAUGAGGCACGUGACAUACGCAACUGGCAGAAGAUCACGCUCCCGGAUGGAAAGACGCGCGAGAUCGACAUGAAGGUGAUCGAGCCUUAUAAGUGUGUGCUGUCGCACGGGGGCUAUCUGCAGGCCGGUGGCCACAACGCGAUUGUCGUGUUUAGCGCAUGUCACCUUCCCGAUCGGUCGCGGGCGGAUUACCAUUACGUGAUGAACAACCUAUUUCUGUACGUGGUGAAGACGCUCGAACAGCUGGUGACGGAGGAUUACGUGUUGGUCUACCUGCACGGUGGUUCUAGCCGGAGCAAUGUGCCUCCCUUUCCCUGGUUGAAAAAAUGCUACCAACUGUUGGAUCGCCGUUUGAGGAAAAGCUUGCGGAACCUGUACAUGGUACAUCCUACAUUUUGGCUCAAGUCCGUAGUCUGGAUGGCGAGACCGUUCAUUAGUUCAAAGUUUUGGCGUAAAUUGGUGUACGUUACAUCGCUGGAGAAUCUAUACCGCCUCGUUCCGGUUGAGAAGGCAGCUGUCCCCGACAAGGUGAAACUGUACGACUCUCGGUAAAAGAAAUCGCUCAUUAGUUGAUUUUUGCAUCCUGGCUUUAGUUGACAGCUUUGAAUUAUUUAUCUUCUCUCAGCAAACUCGCCAUAGCUUUCUCUGUCGAUCUAUUUUUGAACCUUCCAUUAUGUGUAAUGUACUUUAUAUUCUAUUCAUUCAAAUGAUCUUAAAAUAG